AUGCAAACCACUCUCUUACCUAUUUCAAUCUGCGACGAAAUUGACAAACGGAUCCGGCGUUUCAUCUGGGGUUCGACCACAAACAAGAGAAGGGUGCACCUGGUUCAUUGGGAGCAAGUUUGUCAACCGAAAGAGAAGGGAGGUUUGGGUCUUAAGAAAGCUCAUGAGUUAAAUCUUGCUUUCCUUGCCAAGUUAGCGUGGUGUUUUCUUAAAAAUAUAGAUGAUUUGUGGGUCAAGGUUAUAGAGGCUAAAUAUUUCAAGCUAGCUGGUGGUGUGUUGACACCCAAAUCGGUGGCCCGUUGUUUGACUUUGUGGUGGGGAAUGAGGAGAUCCUGGCCAUUAAUGCAAGAAGGCAUGGCUAUGUGUGUAAAGGACGACCGAAGUACUGCUUUCUGGACCGACAGAUGGCUUGACCCGGCUUUGACGCUCAUCGACCAUAUCCGCGGAGACAGCCAGCUCGUAGACCCCACGAUCCCAAUCACGGCAGCCUUCGAAGAGAGUGGUAAGUGGAACGAGAAUUUCCUCCUCUCCUGUUUACCGCGUGAAAUUGCAUUGCAGGUGCUGGCCAGUCCGGCGCCGAGGGAGGAGGCAGGUGAAGAUGAAGCUUUUUGGGGGCCUAAAGCGAAUGGACAGUUCUGUGUCAAGUCGGCGUACGAAAUCGCUAUUGGCCAGGCCGACACGGGACAAUCGCUGGACUAG